AUGCCUCGCUUGACCAUCGUCGUCGCUGCCACACGAAACAAUGGAAUCGGUCGUGCUGCGACGUUGCCCUGGAGGCUACCCAAAGAAAUGUCGUUUUUCCGCCAAAUCACGUCCGCCGCGCCGGAGGGGAGCAUGAACGCGGUCGUAAUGGGCAGGGCGACGUGGGAGAGCAUCCCGAAGAAAUUCAGGCCGCUGCCCAAGAGGCUGAACAUCGUGAUAAGCAGGAACACGCAAUACGAGCUGAUGCCGUCCGACGCGGAGACGCCUCAAGCAUCCGUCUACCUUCAGUCGAGCGUAGAGUCCGUGGCAGAACGGCUGGCGCAGCCACAGAACGUCGAGAAGCCACUUUACCGGUCAUUUGUCGUAGGCGGGGCGCACAUCUACGGCGCAACUCUGGCGCUGCCGCCGUCCUCAGAAACUUUCGUGGACCGCAUAUUGCUCACUCGGGUGCUCUCGCCCGCAUUCGAAGACUGCGACGUGUUCUUCCCUGACUUCCUGGCGGAGAACAGCACGGAAGUGGGGCAGAGCGGGUGGAGGAGGGCGUCGCACAAGGAGUUGAAGGAGUGGGCGGGGUUUGACGUGCCGGAAGGCGUACAGGAGGAAAACGGGGUGCAGUACGAAUUCCAGAUGUGGGUACGGUAG